CCGAGUUGGGCCUCUCUUCCUCUCUGGUACAACCCACUGAGCAACCACUGGCCGAUUCCGUUUCUUAAACAGAAGUAAACGAAUUUGUCCAAUAGAAAACUCUCUUUUUAGAUACAAAACGAAAUUAUUUUGACUAAUGAUUCCACCUCAGGGAGCAAGCUGUUCAGUGCUAAGGAAUGUGUAACGUUAGCGUCUUUCACAUUUAUCAAGAGCUGGAUUUGGAAAUAACCAUGUCACGUUUGCUGACGUUACAUUGAAGAAUACUUUGAUUGCCGGUGAUGGUAACCUAAGACAACAUGAGAGAAGAAACGGCUGAUCAAGCUAACGUUAUUGUCUGCCCUUGAGAGAUUUGCGGGAAUCCUUUUAGUAGAAAAAUCUGGUCCUAACGAACUUGAAAUAUGCAAGCCUAGCCACCUGGCAAUAACGUUCCAUCUUCCAGAUGGGGUGUAGUGCUACUCUUCUGUGUACCACAGUAAUGCAGUGCUACUUUGACAAUUUGGAUUGAUAGCUUAGGCCUACUUGUGUUGAUCAGCUCAUCAUCCAAUAUAACACAAUUUCCAUCAUUUUGGGGGUUCUGUCAAACAUUACUGUAUUUCACACAUUUCUGACUGAGGGUUAGUAAAAUCAGCUUCCUGUCGAGAUGUUUUCAGCUCUGAAGAAGCUAGUUGGUUCUGAACCAGGCCAGCCGAGGGACAAGAACAUCCCCGCUGGUAUGCAGUCCAUGAAUCAUAGUUUACAGAGACGCUUUGCCAAAGGAGUACAGUACAACAUGAAAAUAGUUAUCCGUGGAGACAGAAAUACUGGAAAGAGCACUCUAUGGCAUCGACUGCAAGGAAAGAAAUUCACAGAUGACUACGUCCCCACUCAAGAGAUCCAGGCAACCAGCAUCCAUUGGAACUACAAAACCACUGAUGACGUGGUCAAGGUGGAGGUGUGGGACGUGGUGGAUAAAGGCCAAAAAUACCCUCUCCCUGAGGGUGUAGGCCGAGGUAAAAAACGAGGGGACACUUUGAAAGUGGAGAAUGAACCCCAAGAGUCUGACGAGGUGGCCUUGGAUGCAGAGUUCCUUGACGUUUACAAGAACUGCAACGGUGUGAUCAUGAUGUUUGACAUCACCAAGCAAUGGACGUUCAACUACAUCCUGAGAGAACUACCCAAAGUACCCACUCAUGUUCCAGUCUGUGUCCUAGGCAACCACAGGGACAUGGGUGACCACCGUGUCAUCCUACCUGAUGACAUCCGCCAGGUUAUUGCUAAUCUCAAUAGACCCAUGGGUUCCUCCUAUAUUCACUACGCUGAAGCCUCUAUGAAGAAUGGAUUUGGCUUGAAAUAUUUACACCGAUUUUUCAACAUCCCUUUCCUGCAACUGCAGAGGGAGACUCUGUUACGGCAGCUCGAGACCAACCAGUUAGACAUGGACGCCACUCUGGAGGAGCUCUGCGUGCAGCAGGAGACUGAGGAUCAAAACUAUGAAAUUUUCUUGGAGAAUACGGAGACCCGCAAUAAAGGCUAUGGUUCACCUUGUCCAGCCAACGGUCAGAGCCCUUGCUCGGGCUCCCAAUCCCCCAUCGUCACUCCAAGUGGGGCCUCCACUGGCAGCUCUAGCCCUGGGACCCCUCAGCAGCCACCCAUCGCUGCCCAGGUCCCUAGCCUCCAGUCUCUCUCGCCUUCUCCCUCUCCUCCACCUCCUGCCUUGCCAGCCGGGAUGGUUUCCCCCUCCACUGAGCCUCAGUCCCCCACUCUGACGCAGGCUCGGAGUCCUGAUCAUCUUGGACCAUCACCACCUCCCCCUGCCCAGGCACCGCCUCAGAAACGUGGCCUCAUCUCACGUCUCUUUGGCUCCGCCCCUGCCCCAGAAUUCCCUGCAGCCAUGCCAGAGCCAGAGCCUUCCCCUGUGUGUCCUGCUAAAGUUCAGAGUGUGGAUGACUUUGUGCCAGACGAGGGUCUGGAUAAAAGCUUCCUGGAGGACAGCUUCCCCUCUAAAGUCAAGGUCCCCCAGCCAGCACCUGCACUGGACAGUGACAGUGAGGGAGAAGACAGAGGGAACCCUAUGGUGGCAGGUUAUCAGGAUGAACUAGACCCAGAUGACAAAGAGCUGCCCCAGCCCAGCACCCUGGGCCUUCUCACCAGUAAAGACUUCACCAUGUCCAGCGAUGAGGAGGAAGCACCCCCACCACCAGCAGCACCCGCUGCCGCGCAGGAUGACCACCUUGACCGUGAAUCAGAGCUGAAAAAACUGGGCACUGAGUCCAUAAUGCCCCAUGCCAUGGAGCCUCAAGCUCCGGAGCCUUUUACUCCUGCUUCCCAGCUCCUGGAGAACACUGUCCUCUUGGAGGCAGAGCCAAUCUCCCUCACCAUGAUCCCUGCAGUAGCCCUGGAGCAGCCAGGCCCCCAGCCAGGCCCACCCAGAGCAAAGAAGGGGGGAAGGCCUGGGGUGGAGGGUUCAGACUCUGACCCAGAGGCCCCUGUUGCUGAACAGAUGCUUUCCUUCAUCAUGGAUGAUCCUGAUUUUGAGUCUGAGCAGGAGGUGGUCAUCCAGAAGAUAACUAAGGAGGUUUUCCCAGUCAGGGAUGAAGUACUGUCUGAUCUGGAGCUGUCAGAUGAUGACAUCCUUCCAGCCGUUCGGAUCCCUGAGCCUCUGAAGGCAACGCCGGUCCUGAAGCCCUCCUUUAAGAGCAAGAAUGAGACAGACCUGUUUGGCUUGGGCUUCACUGAGGAGGCCCCCAGAGCCAAGGACAGCAGUGAGGACCUAGAAGAGAAGGAAAGCAAACACUCCUCAAAAGAAAAGAAGAAAAAGAAGAAGAAAAACAAAGAGGAGGAGGAGAAGAGCAGCAAGAAGAAGCAUAGAAAGGACAAGAAAAAAGAGAAAGAUGAGACAGGAACAGGAGAUGACAAAGAGAAGAAAAAGAAGAAAUCUCGGACCAAGAAAACCGAGGAUGUGGAUGACUUGGAGGAUUUCUUGGCCGGAGGGGAGGGGUCAGAACAUCGAGAGGGUGGAGACUAUGAAGAACUCUAGAACCCAAGUACUCCUUUUUUGGAACUUGACUCUGAAGAGCUGCAGAACCCAACUUGUCAUUUGAAACCUUUUGGUUCCUAGAACCAGAUUCAUUUGUGCACAAGCUGCAUCGCAAGCCAUAACCAUUGUCAUGCUCACCCAUUCCCAGGUAAAAACCUAGACUCUGUGGUGGCUGUGUGUUGCAUUGAUAUUAUUUCCCAUGAGCACUACUGAUGACAUCACCCUCUUGACUUUUGGAUGAGAUGAGAAACAGGAAGGAGACUUACACACAAAGAUCAAGGAGCCACUAAGGAAAGAUUUUACUUUUUUAUUUUCUGAACAUUUAACCUAACAUUUGUAUUUGCUUACGGUUUUUCCUUUUAGCUUUUUAAAAGAUGCCAACCUAAAGUGAACCACUCCAAAAGGGCUAGGCAGGGCUAACAUGUUUUUGUCUGAAUGUCCUCUAUUUCCUAUAAUAAUUGCUUGACUGAUUGGAAGUGUAGAUAUUACAUCGUGGAGCCUUUUCAAGGUAGAUGGUCAUAUUUCACAUAUUGAAGAUUGCCCUCUUAUUUUGAUCCACUGGUUGUGUUUCUCUGACUCAGUGAUGUAAUGGUUGUUGGAAGUUGUGCUGCUUUAAUCUAGCCUAAAGAACUGCUAUCUCUGUUUAUAUGAUAAUGCACUCCCUAAAAAUGGAACAGGUUCCCCAAUGCACCAUUUUACAGCUAAACUGACCGUAGUUUUAUUUUGUCUACAUCCCAAAUGCACCCUUUUCCCUAUAUAGGGUGAAAUUUUUCACUAGGACCCAUAGGGCUCUGAUCAAAAGUAAUGCACUAUAUAGGGAAUAGGGUGCCAUUUAGGACGCAGACUUUGUGUCACCUUUAGCGCCUCAGUACACAUUUUCAGUGUGUUUUCCUUAUUUGCCUUAAAAGGAAGUUGCAUAUAAACACCAACCAAGUGUUAAGUGCUCUUACUGUAAGUCAAUUGAACUGCAUCCUAACUGACAGGAAGUAGCAUCAGACAGAUGUCCGGUGCCUUCGAUAGGUGAACUGUAACUGUAUUUUACUCCAACGUAUCAUUUACAUUUAAGUCAUUUAGCAGACGCUCUUAUCCAGAGCGACUUACAAAUUGGUGCAUUCACCUUAUGACCUCCAGUGAUCAUAUGUGUACUUUGAAUUAGAGCCAGUACCACAACCUCUGCAGCCCAACACACAAUAUAUGUAAAUGUUUGCUUUUAUUCAGAGCUGCUGCUUGGACCUUGGAUUGGAAUCAUGUUUUAUAUUGUAAAGACAUUAACAAUUUAUGAAUAAUUGAAGAAGUAAUAAACUGCUUACACAAAUAAGGCAAAACAAACAAUGAAUUGUUACUUCAUAAAUGUUCUGCAUUUCAAAACUCCUAUUAUUUUAACUAAGCAUUACUGUCUCGUUUUGAAGUUCAUUUGAAAUAUUAUUUUUUGCAAUGGCUGUUUUUCUUGGAGAUAUUUCAAAGGCAGCCUACUAACAUUGAAUGCAGCUUUUUAUGGCCUGAAACUUGUCGACAACAGUGCUUCAUUAAUACUACUCUUAUCAAAGUUAUUUACCUUCACCAAUUUUUUAUUACGAGGAAAUACAAAUGGGAUUGUUUCAUACUAAGAUUACAACCAGGUCAUAUGUAUGUCACCUGGUUUGUCUGAAAUACAAAGGGUUCUAUUGGCUAGUACAAAUUUUUAGAUCUCCCAUGUGUUGGUUGGUGUGCUACAUCAGGUUGAAUAGUUGCAUCACAAAAAGUAACGAGUAAUUCCAAUCUGUUUACCUUGCGAAGACCACCAUGCUAUUCUGUAAUGACAGACACCCAUCAAUUUAAUUAAGAGCAGCAUGCAUUCAUAUGCAUAUCAGACAAGGAAAUAAAUGCAAGUGUUAUUCAGGAAUGACAUACAUUUUAUUUCCACAAUGUUACAAGGUAUGUUUUUUAACUUACAGACUUUUAGAUGUUACAUUUGUCAGUUUACAGUGCACUCUUACUGGUCUGAUAUCAAAAGGAAAUGUAAAAUUUAUGUUUUAAAAUCUGAAACAAUGCAUUGAUCUUGAAUACUGUGUGAUCUGCUUCCUUGUUUGUAGUUGUCAUUGGGUUGUUCAUAGCAAAAUGCUAAAAGCACAGUUCCAAUUGAAGCAUGAGAUUUAUGUUGUGCAAUAACAAAAUAAUGUAUUGAAAGGAACAAUUUGUAUAUUUAUUUUCAUCCCAUGAAAUGUUUCCAUAUUCUCACUGGAUGUGAACUUGUGUUUGGUUUGUCUAAUAAAUGCAAACUUAUUUCUUCA